AGUGAUCAUUGUGAAAAUGAUUUCAUCGAAUAUGUUUAGGAUAGACAAAGUGAGGAGAUUCUUAUCAUCUCCGACUCCUUCUCCUGUCAAGGUCUAUGAGUACUCUCUGCGUCGGUCUGUCAGCCUGCCACUGCUGGUGGACGGUGAGCCAGUUUGGGAGCCACACUAUUACCAUGGAGCCCAGGAAUGGCUCUCCCCUGCCCUCUCCCUCUCCUCUUCGUUGGCAUCAGAGGACUUCAUGACCGCUUGCAGUCGGCUGUCUGCAUGCUCCUCUCUGGCUCUGUCCCUCUGCAGCUCAUUGGGGUCUGAGGCCUUCAUGUCUGCCCGAAGUGAGCUGUCUCCGCCGCCCUGCCCCUCCCCUGCUCUCUCCCUUGGCAGCUUGGCACCUGAGGACUUUGUGUCCGCUCCUCCACGAGCCUGCUCCCCUGCAAUGGUGAGGCCAGAGGUGGACCCUGCUUCUGCAGAGGCAGCUGCUGCCAUGGAUAACCCAGAGAACCGUCUGCUUACGCUCAGUACCAUGAGCAUCAUGGACACCCGCAAGCUCCCCUGCAAUGGUGAAGUAGAGGUGUACCCUGCUUCUGCAGAGGCAGCUGCUGCCAUGGAUAACCCAGAGAUGAGCCAGAGAGCACAUUCCACCAACUCCAACUACCUGGCUCUAAUCACGCUCAGUACCCUGCAGUACAUCGACACCCGCAAGGUCCAAGAUUGCAGAAGUGACAGAGGUGAGCAGGAAAAGCAGGAGGGAGUGUGUGAGAAGAGAAGUGACGUGGAGAUGAAGAAGAAGGGAGGCAGGAUGAAGAGGUGGAGACGGGCAGUGAGGAGGGCCUGCGCUAUCUUCAGCAGCUGCUGGAGGAGGAGAAUGAUGAUGAAGAAGAUGAUGAAGACGAUGAAGUUGAAGACGACGAAGAUGAAGGGGACGAAGAUGAUGAUGAUGGAGACAGAGAUGAUGACUGAUGUGACUGCAGACUGCACAGACGGACAGUCAGCUAAGAGAACAGUGGUGGGAUGUGAUGUGACACUGAGUUCUGCUGGGCUGGCAUGUCCUUCUGGUGGUGGACCUGAGUGGCUCUCGACUGGCUUCGGGGGAGGGGGUCCAACUGCUCGUCCAGCUGGACCUGGACUUCAUGCUCCAACUGCUCUGCAUAGUCCAACAGGGUGGGAACAGAAACGCGGUGAGGGCCCACAUGCCACCUGA